GCAGGUAUAAAUGGCCGAAAAUAACGGAGAGGAUCAGGACCAUUCCGGGGGGCCGACCCUGGACUCCCAGUUCCGGGCCUUCUCCAAAUUCGGCGACAGCAAAUCCGACGGGAAGAUGAUCACCCUAUCCCAGAGCGACAAGUGGAUGAAACAAGCAGGAGUCAUCGAUAAGAAAAUCACCACCACCGAUACGGGGAUCCACUUCAAGAAGUUCAAGGCGCUCAAGAUCGGCUUCGCGGAUUACGAGAAGUUCCUGGAGGACCUGGCCAAGGCGAAGAAGGCGACUCUGGAUGAUAUCAAGAACAAGCUGAUUCACGCUGGGCCGCCGGGGACGACGAAGGCGACGCAAGUGAUGAAGGGCGGAGCCGUGGAUCGACUCACGGAUACGAGCAAAUACACGGGGACGCAUAAGGAACGCUUCGACGAGACGGGGAAGGGGAAAGGAAUCGCCGGAAGAAAAGACCGCCCCGACGAAGCCGGUUACGUGCACGGAUACAAGCAUAAGGACACCUACGACGCCACCGGACAUUGAGAGAGGGAAAGAGAGUCGGGGAGGACGUGCUUCGAUGGGACAUCCUGACAUUUCCAUGCACCCCACCCCAGUCAUUAUUACGUAUUGUUCGCCUACCUCCCCCCUCUUUCAUCUCCCUCCAUUAUCCUCUUAUCCUUCAUAUUUCAUAUUGGAUCGCGAUGAAGCCCGUGUUCCCCGGGAAUGCGUGGGGCCGUGCCGAUGGGAAACAGUCUCGCAUUUAAGUUAUUCCGAGAAAGUUUUGUACCGGUGCCGAUGAGAUUGUCUAUCGAAUGAUCAUUCAUUUAUUGACAGGAUGCUCCUUUGCGAGAAAAAAAACUCAACCGCUCCCUGGACAUUUUUUAAAGCACUAUUUGAGCGACCAGGUAUGGUCCGUUCAGUUUCCUGGAUUGUUCCACACCUUGUACCGCGGUGACUACGAAGUUGCAUAUCGUAAGCCAUGGGGAAAAGGGAAUUUAUCAGUUGAAACAGACACAGGGAGUGGCGAGGCAUUUUUUCCGGGAAAGGAAUAUACUGUACAGGGUGAUUAUAAAGUCUCGUCUA